CUUGCGUAGGUGUGCGUGCCUGCUGCUCUUUCGCGACUAUUACUUUGCCUGCAGAUCUGGAGACGUCGAGCAAACGGCAGAGCCUUUUGGUGCCACAGAAUGAAUAUCUUUCGGUUUCUCGGCGACUUGUCGCAUUUGGCGUCAAUUCUAAUCUUGCUGCACAAGAUUCAAACGACGCGGUCAUGUAGAGGCAUCUCGUACAAAACUCAGGCCCUAUAUGUCGUCGUCUUCCUCGCCCGUUACUUGGACAUCUUCACCGCAUACAUAUCGCUGUACAACACCUUGAUGAAGCUCUUCUUCAUUGCCAGCAGCUGCUACAUCCUUUACCUCAUGAAGUAUCAGUAUCGGCCAACCCAUGACCCGUCUAUCGACACCUUCAAGGUCGAAUACCUGGUUGCUCCGUGCUUGAUCUUGGGUCUCAUCUUUCACUACCGGUUUACCUUCGCGGAGAUCCUAUGGUCAUUCUCCAUAUUCCUGGAGUCGGUCGCGAUCCUACCGCAACUGUUCAUGCUGCAGCGCACAGGAGAGGCUGAGACGAUCACCACGCAUUAUCUCGCGGCGCUUGGAGCAUACAGGGCAUUGUACAUUCCGAACUGGAUUUACCGAUGGUGGACAGAGGAUACCAUCGACCCCAUAGCGGUGACGGCGGGCCUCGUCCAAACGGGCCUCUACGUCGACUUCUUCUACGUAUACUUCACAAAAGUACUUCAAGGCCAGAAGUUUGAGCUUCCUGCAUGAUAUAUGACAUAGACUCAUCCUUCGGUUGCUGGAGUUGGCGAUAGACUCGCAUGUCAUGUACUCGUCGUGACCUUAUUAAUCAAUUCGUCGUAGACAGCCGUCUUGUGGCUGCUUGGAAAUGUUAUCCUCGCCGAGGCA